GGGCUGUCCAACUCGACACGUACCCGGCUCGACGAACGCGCCGCGCAUGGAUGAGGUGCUCACCGGAAAUGCCGCGUUGGAGCUAGUGGCCAAGCAACUCUACGAGCAUCUGGAGGAAUAUGUGGGGCUUUGGGAGAUCAUGGAUGACGAUCACAAGAGCAUCUACAUCGAGGAGUUGAUCACUUUCAUCGAUCAGCUGAUCCCGGCAGCUGAGCUGAGAGUCCAGGACACGCAAGUCGUCAGCGAAGAAGCCGCCGCAGCGGUGGCGGAGCUGUUGCUAGAGGUGUCGUCGCAGAACGCUCAACUGGCGGAUUCCACGAUGUUAGCCUUCAGAUGUCUAGGAGAGAACACUGAAGGGCCGCAUGCCACCCUUCUACUGGACUGCAUCAAAGAAUUUGCAGCGCCACCUGAAGAAGUGCAGGAAGACGAGGAGUUCGACCCAAUGGAGAUCAAAACCACUUCCUUGGAGCUGAUUCGGAUGACAGAAGCACAGGCGACUGAAACGCAAGAAGCUUGGGACCUUUUUUUGGACGGCUUCGACACCGCAGAAGCGGCGGGUGAGGCCAUGCAUGAUGCUAUGGUGGAAGCGGUGCCAGCCAUGACCACCAUGUUCAAGCUCCCGCGGGCAGUGGCGGCCAUGCGGCUUCAGGAGGGUGUCCAUCAGAUUAUUAAUUCCCUGAAUGAGCCACAAGAUGCCAAAAACCUGGUGGACAUUAUCGGCUUCAAACACUUAGAUUUAGAGGUCACGAUUCCGCGAGUGGAGGCGGUUCGGGGCGCCUUGCUGGAGCUGAUCGCCAAUGAGCUGGGGCUCAACUGGUCGCAAGGCAAGGCCAACGGACUUAUACAGGUCUUCAACUACAUCGGUGGCGCCUUGAUCUACACCCGCUCGCAAUACGCGGAUCGCGUGAAGCUGCUGAGCAGCUCCUGGGUGGAAGCCAACCGUGAUAGGGAUAAGAGCAAACAGAAGGAGAAAGAAGCGAAAGAAAAGGCUCGACAGGAAGCAAAGGAGCUUAGAGACAAGGAGCGAGCGAAGGUGGAGAAUGGGGAGAAGGACAUGGAGGCCUUGGCAGAGGAGGAAAUCCAUGAGGCCAGGAUCGCAAGGAGAAAAAAGGAUAAGGAACAGAGUGUGCCGAAGACUUUUUAUGACAUGUUUUGCUUCAACGCGGCGGUCAUGGACCUCUUGGAGGACUGGAUGUAUGAAGUGCUGGACUGUUUCGAUAACAUCGUGCUGAAUGCCGGCAACAGCUUCCGCUUGCAGGAGGAAUGUGGCUUG